UCAUGGCAUGGUGCCCCGUCCAUGUUUGGCGAAGAAUAAGUUUGUGUAGUUUCGUCAAACUCUAGACAACGCCAGCAACUACAGCUUAGGAGAAAGACAAACAGUUUUUUUUCAUACCUUUUCAUUUUGCUAUAGGGUUUUUCAUAUCAACGCAGCAUUAUGAGAUGUUUCAUCAAAGGCUCCUAAUUCUUCAGGGAGUCUCGCAUCUUCCGCCGGCUGGUUUCGUAUGAACCGCGUCGAGGCAGCGACGAGGGCUCGCCAGCAGAGCCGGGCUUCAGGAUGAGGGUGCCCAGAGGAGGACGCCUGUUCCUGGCGACGUGCCUCGGCUCGCUCUUUGUUCUCGUGCUGUACUUUCAGAGCAUCACCAAUGCAGAACCUGGUGUGAAGACUGACAGCAGACCAGGGAAAAGCAGGAGAAGUCCACUGCAGACCCUCUACAAUGGAGACCAGACACAGCUUGAACAGCAGCUGGAGCUGUUGGCAGCUCAGAAGUCCCUCCACGGUCGCAGGGAGCUGUUGGAGCAGGCGUGUCUGAGCCACACCAGGAAGCGCCAAGUGCUUUCACCGGAAGAUCUCAAACACCUCAUUGUGGAUGAUAAACACAGCCUUAUUUACUGCUACGUACCCAAGGUAGCCUGCACCAAUUGGAAGCGUGUCCUUAUGGUCCUCAGCAGCGGGGGCCGGUACACCGACCCCCUUUCCAUCCCGGCAAAUGAGGCCCAUGUGGCAGGCAACCUCCGCACACUCUCCGAGUUCUCAGUCCCCGAGAUCAACCAACGCCUUCGCAGCUACCUCAAGUUUAUCUUUGUGCGGGAGCCCUUCGAGCGCCUGGUGUCCGCCUAUCGUAACAAGUUCACCCGUAGCUACAACACCGCUUUCCACAAGCGCUACGGAACCAAGAUCAUCCGCCGGCACCGUCCCGACCCGGAGCCUGAAGCACUGGAGAAAGGGAACGACGUUUCUUUCCUGGAGUUUGUCCAGUACCUCGUGGACCCUCGGACCCAACGGGAGGAACCUUUUAACGAGCACUGGGAGCGGGUGCACGCCCUCUGCCACCCCUGCCUGAUCCACUACGAUGUAGUGGGGAAGUACGAGACUUUGGAGCCAGAUGCACAGGCUGUGCUCAGGUUGGCUGGAGUGGAGGGGACACUUCAAUUUCCAACGUCUGGUAAAAGCACCAGGACUGAUGGCAACAUGGCAGCCCGCUUUUUUAAGCACAUCAGUCCUUUUUAUCAGAAGAAACUGUUCAACCUGUAUCGAAUGGACUUCCUGCUCUUUAACUACUCCACGCCAGAGUACCUCCGGACUCGAUGAGGGGCGGAGACAAGAGGAUUAACAUCAGUGCCAUGGAUGUGUGAUAGUUGUGAUGGUUUUCCUUUCACAUCCUAUUUAGACUUUUUCAUUAGUGAUAAUCAUUUUGCACUUUUUGGUUGCCAUGGACAAUUGUCAUCGCGGCCUGGAGUCACAAGCACUGACUUGUCACUUUGACACUCCGACAAUAACAGCCGUGGAGAAUGAACUUUAAAAAUGCAACCCAAUUUUUUCCUGAAAAGAAAAGACCGACAGUUUGUGCUUUAAUCUACAAAGCGUGUGUCAUAUUUGUCUGUGUGCGUACUAGUGAGAACACGGUGUUUUGUUUUAACAGUAUGCAGAACAGAAUGCAGAUGGCUUGUUCCCACAAUGUUGAAAGAUGUGACGCAUUAGCUGUCUUUAAAGACAGGUCCUUUCUGCCGGGGCUUUGGGUUCAGUUAGAAAUUCAAUAUUUAUUUUUUAUUCACCUGAUUGCCAUUCAUUACCUAAAAAAAAUGACUUUGUGUUUGUUUGAUUGACUUUCAGUUUUUUCAUCGUGUUACAUGUCAUCGUUGAGUUGGUGUAAUAUGCCUCACCAGCAUCCCAGCGGUGCCCACUUAAGUUAAAGUGACUCCCAUGGCUUGUUCUUUUGAGAACUAAUGAGCCAUACAUUAAAGUCACUCUCCCGAGGAGCAGGUUUUCCUCUCGCAUGGGUGGUAUACAGGUGAAUGUGCUAACUGUGACACUGAACACAGCUGACUCAUUCACUUCUCUGGACGGCAUUUAUUUAUGUAUGUCAGUGCAUACAGUAUUUAUUGUUAUAGAAAUGUGUGUGUGUGUGUGUGUGUUAGGAAGGAUUUGGGGUCAUGAUUUUGUGAAAAUGAAUUUUAUAUGAAAGAACAGUUUAGAGUUUCUUUUUUAUGCAUGGAAAGUUACUCGCUUUCUCGGCUUUUGCACAUAAACUCAUCACAUUCUAUUCCUUUUUUCUGUCAACUUCUCUGAUCAAACCCUAGUUCCAAAGCCUCUGCUUGUCUUAUCUUAAUCGUCACAGCAUUCGUUGACGAUAUCUUAAAUGUGUAUCCGAGAGUCUGUGUAUCUGACUCCUUAAUUCCAGUAAAAGGUAGUUACCAUCCCUCCUCUAUCGCUGUCUGUGUUUAGCUCUGGGCAGGUUAGCUGAACAAACAAGCGCAUAGCUGUGGUCAGGGCUGGGUCUGGCCCAGUGCUAGCCCUGGUCAGAGCUUCCCUUGUUAGCGUGAAUGCAGGCGCAUGAAGGGGUUAAUCCACCUAUAGGCGUCUCCACUGCAGGGCCUUGUUCAGCAAAUGUGACGGAAUUUACAUCAAGAUCAAUACAGGUGUUAAUAUAGAAAAAGAAUCAUUAAUGGCAUUUACUGUGAAAAUAUCAGUUUUAACAAAUGUCUUUCUAAAGUCUUCGCCCUGGUGUGUUGUUUGGGUCUGUGGGACCCGUUUUCAAUGUUUAGCUAAAAGAAAAAUUAUGUUAUUUAUUAAGUCUUCUAACUCAAACUCAUUGGCCUUGGCUCAUUUUCUGUAAAGAACAUAAAAAUAACUUAUUUUCAAUGACCGCGCACGGUACACCCCCGCUACACAUAAUAUUUAAUUGAGCGCUAAGUAUUUUUAUAUAAAUUGUUAUGACCGUACGGAUUCAAAAGCUUAAUGAUGUGGUGGGAACAUUAGGAACAAAAAUAUGAACAUUUAACCACACAAGGGUUAAAUGGCUCAUGGCUCGAGGCUACAUUAGCCGCUACUAGCAUAACACACCUGAAUCUCGCACCGAAUUCUUCGCAGUUGCAACAUCCCCCGGACAUGUAUUUGUUUCCAGUAGUUAUCCCUAGGAAUAAUAGGAAUUCACCCCAAAAAUAACAAAUCCACAUUUACAUUAAAAUAGACAUGUCCCCCAGUCAGUAGCAGUUGCUUAAAGAGCAAGCUAGGACAUGCAAAACAAGUGGGCAUUGAUCUGGAAGGACAGUGUUAACGUUUAUCUCUAUAUCUUCCACAUUUCUUUUUCCAAAAUAUUUCAUCUUUCCAACGAAUAUUUUCAGGCCCAGGCAGGCCAUCUCUGGAAACAUUGCUUUGUUCUGCCUGUGGUAAUGCUUUGAAAAGUGCAAUAUCUAUAUGUGAGUUAUCUGUCUUUCUAAGUGUCUUCCUUUUUUAUAGAAGCCUUACUAUUGUGCCAUCAUGCUUAUGCCAUUUCUGUUUCUGUUUGCUAUGAAUGCAGCCAUGGAUUACAGGGUUUCCAUUUUCUACUCCCCUUUGUAGCACUGUGUGAUUUAAGCCAUCAUUUGCAAGACGUGACUUGCCAAAACCCAAUCGCACGCUUCCUGUUGCUACUUCCUACUGGCGAGAUGACAUGCCGCGCAAAAUAUAUGUUGUACCUUUUAAUU